GAGAGGGCUGCCAUAGGGGAGUGUUGGACCUGGGGGGAUGCAGGGCCAUGGGGAUAUAGCAUGGGGCCAUGUCCUCACGCUGUGGCCGUGACCACCGGCUCCGGCUGGGGCUUUCAAGUGGCUGGGCGAGGGCCGGCGCCAGCGGCUGCCCUGCUCCGCUGGGAGCCCCAGGACAAAGCCUCCACCUUAGCAUUUCUCCUGCUGAGCUAUUAAUAAUUAAGCCACUCACUUAAGGCAAAGUCAAUAGAGUAACUGGGCUGGGAACUGUUUGCAAGAAACACCCCGCCGGAGCCAGCCCGGGUGGAGCUCAGCAUCCCCUCGGCAUCCCUGCCAGUGGGGCCGGGCGCUGGCAGCCACGGAGAUGCUGGGGGCAGCUCAGCCAUGCUCUCGCCGUCAUUUCUGCCGCUCGGAAAGCCCGCAGAGCGGAGGCUGAGCUCGCCUGGGGUCGGCGAGGGCGAGCCGUGCCCAGCGUCCGGUUACAUUUUCCAUCCAUUAUUCAUCAAGAUGGAAAUCUCAGCUGCGGCGUGGCUCGCUGCCCUCCGCCGGGCCGGGGCAGGAGAGAUGCAGGUGGAGGACGGAGACCAGCGCCGCGGGAAGGCUUCGUGCACAGCAGGGCGAGACGCCGGCGGGGGCCCGGUGACCACGAUGCUGCAGCACCAUGGGAAGCCCUGGAGGUCCAUGUGCAAGGGACUCGUCCUGGGGACCCUCCUGACCAGCUUCAUGCUGCUGCUCUACUCCUACGCUGUGCCCCCGCUGCAAGUCAGCCUGACGGAGAUCCCCAUCCCCUACUCCUGCUCCUCCUCCCCGACCCAAGCCAAGGGGCGGGCGGUGGCCAACGGCACACGCAGCCCUUCGGGAGGAGGCUGCCGGCCCAAGCUGGACAUCAUGUUCAUGAAGACGCACAAGACGGCCAGCAGCACCAUCCUCAACAUCCUCUUCCGCUUCGGAGAGAAGCACCGCCUCAAAUUCGCCUUCCCCAACGGCCGCAACGACUUCUACUACCCCUCCUACUUCGAGAGGAGCCAGGUGCAGCACUACCGGCCGGGCAUGUGCUUCAACAUCAUCUGCAACCACAUGCGCUUCCACUACCAGGAGGUGCGCAAGCUCCUGCCGGCGGACACCACCUUCGUGACGGUGCUGCGGGACCCUGCCUACCUCUUCGAGUCCUCUUUCCACUACUUCGGGCGCGUCAUCCCCCUCACCUGGAAGCUGCCGGGGGAGGACAAGCUGGCUGAGUUCCUGCGGGACCCCUGGCAUUACUACGACCCGAACGGGUUCAACGCGCACUACCUCCAAAACCUCCUCUUCUUCGACUUGGGCUAUGACAACAACAUGAACGCCGACAGCCCGCUGGUGGAGCAGCACAUCCAGGAGAUAGAUCAGCGCUUCCACCUGGUCAUGCUGCUGGAGUAUUUUGACGAGUCCCUGGUGCUGCUGAAGGACCUGCUGUGCUGGCAGCUGGAGGACAUCCUCUACUUCAAGCUCAACGCUCGCAAGGGCUCCACCAUCUCCCGGCUGACACCUGAGCUCUACGAGAAGGCGACUUCUUGGAACCUCAUCGACGCCAAACUCUACCGUUAUUUUAAUGCCACCUUCUGGCGGAAGGUGGAGGCCUACGGGAGGGAGCGGAUGGCCAAGGACGUGGCCGAGCUGCAGCAGGAGAACGAGAAGAUGAAGAGCAUCUGCAUCGACGGGGGGCACGCCGUGGAUGCCAGCGCCAUCCAGGAGUCCUCCAUGCAGCCGUGGCAGCCGCUCGGGGAGAAGUCCAUCCUGGGCUACAACUUGAAGAAGAAGAUCAACAAGAAGCACCAGAAGCUGUGCCGCAAGAUGCUGACGCCCGAGAUCCAGUACCUGACGGACCUCGGGGUCAACCUGUGGAUCACCAAGCUGUGGAGCUGGGUGCGGGACUUCCUCAAGUGGUAGGAGAAAGUGGGACGCCCUGUGGGAGAGCCAGGGGCUCGCGUUUUCCUUCCGUCACCUGUCUUUGGGUUGGGCAUGAGCAGAACCAAAUGGUGGCUCCCAGAGGUGCUCCCAACCCUGGGCACCCAAGAGUGACGGAGGGGACGUGGGGACCCAGCUCAGAGGCCACUGCUGCCAGCAGCAAGGGCUUCAAGGAUUGGGGGGGGAUUUGGGGGUCUUUCCCAACAGGAUCCACUUCUUCCUGCCACGUGGAAAUGCUGGAGGCAGGAUGGGAAGGACAGGUCCCCGUCGUGCCCUUGUCACAGCAAUAGACAUCCACCACUGUGCCACCAGAGGUGCGCUGCGGGUCGGGCAGUGGUGGGACCCGUGGGGCCAGGUGUGCACGGGUAUUCUGGAGCAUCACUCCCAGCGGGGGCUGCUCUCACCAUCCCCUUUCCCUCCAGCCCAGUUUUUGGGGCCCACCACGCUGCUGGGGCUCCCCCAGCCCAUGGGUGCGUCGAGUGCCACGCGUCCUCAGCGCACCCGUGGUGCCUGGCACACCAUCAGCCCAGACCCAGGAAGCCCCAGCAGGUUUCUAAGCACCAUCCACACGUGAAUUUGCAGAGCAACAAAACCACCCCAAAGCCCCAGCCUGUGCCAGCGGCGGUCCCCAGCACGUCCAUGCAGGACCCCAUGGCAGCAGAUCCCCCCCAGCCCCCUCUUGUCCCAGUUAGAGGGCCCUGUGGUGCCAGUCCCCACCGGGGACAUCCCGGGAGGACCACGGGGUCUGGUGAGAACUGGUGUGGGGAGCAGGCGUGGAGCAGGGUCCCAGAGGUGCCAGCCCUGGGUACAAGUGGGACACGGGGACGAGCCACAUCAUGGGGAGCCCUCGGGUGUCCUGGCCGGGCUGGAUGACAAUGGCACGGGUAAAGCUGAGAGUGGCCCAGGCUGGGCACCGAGGUGGCACCGUGCGGCUGCAGGAGUGACAGGAGGUUGUCACCUGCCCGGGACAGCAGCAGGGAGCCCGGUCCUGUCACUCCCCGGUGUGGUUCGUGUUCUGCUCUGUUUGUAAAUGCAAGCAAUAAAAAAAAAAAAAAGAAAAAAAAAAAAAAGCAAUUCUAUUUUGUAAGAUAAUCGGAUUGUAUAUUUGGCAGUUUUUAAUACACCAAUGGUCCAGCUGGUC